CAAAUCUGUAUUCAUUACUACAGGAUGGGCAGCCUAAAGACAGACGAGGAGAGGCAAAGUACCGGGCCGAUUGGGAAAGCUAGUAGCAGGUGGAGUUGCGUUACUUUGAUGGUGUUGACGUUUCACACCCUCCUGAUUGCGACAUGCCUGAUCUUGUUCUUCAGCUCCACCAACUUCAGAUUCCCCCCUGAGGAGCCACAACCAACUGACACUAAUACUGGUAUAAUCCUCCAGCUGGGGAACAGAGGAGGGAUCAAGCCAAAUACCAUACAAUGGAGUAAUGUCAAACAGGGCCUGCUGAAUUUCACUCUGAUGUACUCAAUAAAGGAAAUUAGGAACAUCAAAGUCAAUGGCAGUGACAUCAAAGUUGGCUGUCAGGGACCAUACAUUCUCUACCCAUACAUCGAACAUUUUGAUGAAAACUAUGUAGAAGAAGUCUUCAACCUCACAGUGGUCAACAGAGAGGCGAGAGUCUUAGCCUCCAUCCCCUUUAAUACCUCAGACAAGACCACUUGGAAACACAGGAUCAUCAACCUAAAUAAAGACGACGACAUAUCUGUUUACGUUGACUGUAUUCAAGAUGAACUAAACUGUCGAGUUGUUGGAGAAUUCUGUCUGGGACUUAACUUCUUGCUUGGCAGUGUUUGCCCACGCAUACAAUACAAUGACUAAGCCAGACAUUUAGAGCCAGACCCCGCAAACGGGUCAACAACAUUACGAUGUGAAGGGGAGGACAAUGAAUUCAGAUACACUGGCAAGUUGGGAUACACUUCCAUGAAUACCUAGAUCCACAGUGAACUACUGAGUGGUAAUUACAGGUGUCUUUCUACUGGUGCUUUGGUCAAUGGUACCAGCGGAUGUGUCAGUCAAAACAAGAAGAUAUUGCUGAUGUUUUUACUGGAAAUAUUUGUAGGUCUUGUUUUUGUCUCUGGUAAACUGUUUUUUUUUUUUCAGUGGGUAAGAUAUGAAUAACCAUACAGGAUCAUAUUCAUGACUUUUUCAGGGAUGUUAUAACCCCAACUGCAACUGACACAUAGCAAAGGCAGGAGAUUUUACACCGUAUACUGUUAUACUGAUACACAGGGUGGUAUGUUUCUAUUUCCCUUGCUAUACUUUAAUGGUAUAUAAAGGUUAAAUGAAAAAAAGAAUGUAUGUUUUUGCAGAAUGUUAGAGAGUACUAAAGAAUUGACCGUAAUUUCCCAACUAUUAGCCGAGGUUUAUACGUUGAAUUUGCAAAAUUCUUUAGCUAUGAGGUUAAUACACGGGGGUAGUUAAUAUGGUAUUAAUAUAUAGGUUUUAAUAUAAAACACUGCCCUGUGGUUGAUACACAAAGCGGCUAAUACACAGGAAAUUACUGUACUUUGUAUGAAUGAAUGUAUAUUAAAGCAAAGAGGAGUAAGAUGAAGAAUAAAAAUACUAAACUCGUUGCAUCAAAUGCGUUUUUGGCAAAGUUCGAUGCUGUCUUUUUUUUACAUUUAUUUCAGUGUGCCAUUUUUAUCUUUUGUAAACCUAGCUUCAAAUCGCAGAUGCCUCUUGUGCCUCAGGUGAAAUUGGUAUCGACUGAUGAAUGUCUGUAAAAGAAAAUCGCUGUGAAUAAUCCUUUUUGUGAUCAUGUGCACACAAAAUUGCUCAGUCUUGUUUUGUUA